AUGCCGCUCGCAGCGCUCACGCCCCUCGCUAUCAUCAGCGGCUGCCUGACGGUAGCCGGCGUGGGGAUGCACCUGAACCACUGGCUCUUCACCGGCGAGGAGGGCCUCUGGUCGCGGGACCGCCUCAUCAAAAAGGGCUACAUUAAGCAGUGA